AUGCACUUCUCCAGGAUCUUCAAAUCAUCGCCUCACUGCGUCGCAAGUCCUGAUGGAACUCUGAUCGCAACCCUUACUACUGGCAGCAUCAGCUUCCGGUCCAUCGAGACUUUGGAGACAACUCACAGCGUCAGGUUGCCUUCAAAACUCGGCCCAGCAAACGCCUUUCUGUGGUCUCCGUCAUCGCGUCGUGUUCUCGUCAGCUUUGCCGAAUCCAUCCAUGUCUACUCGGCCCUCGAGUCCGGCUAUCGUGCUGUCGUCCGCAACCCUGCUUCACCAAACUUCAAACCCACUUUUGUUCAGUUCGGCGCCUCGGACAGUGAAAUUCUCAUGUGCUCUUCCUUUGGUCUGAAGUUUUCUGUGUUCGACCUCACGACAUCGAGAGCAGUCGAGAUCGGCAGCCCCAAGUUUCAUCAACCGACAUCGGCGCCCCGAGGAUUCGCUCUUCGACCUGGAUUGGGCCACUUGGCUCUGUUGACCCGCGUCUCUGGAAAAGACAUUGUCAGCAUUCACCAUCCCACAACGAGAGGGGUUCAGAGAUCCUGGCACCCAGAGACGGUCGACGCGCAAGGCUUGACCUGGACUCCAGAUGGCCGCCGGCUUAUAAUGUGGGAGUCUGCAGCCCAAGGCCACAAAGUCUUGUUUUACACUGCAGAUGGGCACCUCCUCAACACAUGGUCUGGACCGUCUGCCUUCGAGCCUGAGGAGAAGCACUUCGAUCUGGGCGCGGGGGUAAAGGUGUGCCAAGUCAGCCCAGAUGGUGCUCGCAUUGCUGUGUGCGACCACACCCGAAAUGUCUGCAUCUUAGACACCAAGCCAGCGACUGCAUCAAUGAGGCUUGAGCAUCCUGCAGCCAUCGUUCCGAAGGAUACUGUUCAGAUAUGGCAAGAACAAAUCGGCAAUGCCCAACUAGGCUCGGCUCACACAUUCGUAAAGGCCACACAAUCGGUCUCUGCUCCGGGCCGAGUGAGUGGUGGAAGCGUCGAGACCAAGCCAAGCCGUACCUUGGCCGUCUUUGAUGCCUCGUCGACUCUUCUAGCCACAGCCUUGGAAGACUGGCCGAGCACGGUUUGGGUCUGGGACAUCUUGUCAUCGGAGCUUCGAGCUGUUCUCGUCUUCCACGGCAAUAUUUCGGCGUUGACCUGGCACCCAACGCAGCGCGAGCUGCUCUCCAUCACUUGCGAGGGCGAUGGCUACGACGGCCUGGUGUUCACCUGGGAUCCCUUAUCUGAUGGACCCAAGACAAUUGACUUUGCAGCACAGCUACCCGACGCAAAGUUAUUCGGCAAAUCGCAGGUGUCCUGGCUCAAUUGGGCGGGUGAUUCUGCCAUGCUUCUGAUUGGGGAUACAAAGCAUCGCCUCAUGGUCUCCAUGUCCGAAUCCGACACGUACGGAGCUCCUUGGCAAGACGCACAGCGCAGUGACUUGACAAUGACGACCGGGAAGGACGAAACGCAGCUGGACCCAACUGCGUUCGCUGAGUUCGACGAGGACCUGUCCAAUUUAGACAUGUCAGAAGUGGACGACACCUUCUCUUUCAAGAAGCUUUGA